AUGACAGGCUUGUUCCGUCUUCUGCGGUCACAGUAUAGUCCGCCAAAGGAUCCCACAGAUGUUUCCUUUGCCGGAAAGACAAUCCUCUUGACAGGUGCCACUUCCGGUCUUGGAUAUGAAGCAGCCAUUAAAUUUCUCAGCCAAGGCGUGGAAACUUUGAUCAUAGGGUGUCGCAAUGUGCAACGAGGCGAUGCAGUCAAGACGGAACUUGAGAAACGCACAAAUAGACCGGACGUCAUUCGAAUCUGGGAGCUCGAGAUGAGCAGCUGGCAGAGUAUAAAGAGUUUUGCGGACCGUGUCGACACAGAGCUUAGCCAGUUGGAUGUCGCCGUGCUGAAUGCUGGGCUGUGGAAUCGGGAUUAUACAGUCUCCCCCGAGGGAUGGGAGGAGACCUUGCAGGUCAAUACGUUGUCUACUGCGCUGUUGGCAAUUCUGCUACUUCCCAAACUCCGCGAUAGCUCGAGUACAUCGCACGCGACGCAUCUGACAGUUGUGUCUAGUCAGCUGUUUUGUCGGGUUCGUCCUACACAUCUCCGGACAGAUGGCAGUCUUCUAGAGCACGUGAACAACCGAAGCAACUUCUCCGGGCCUAUGCAAUAUGCCAUCUCCAAGCUUCUUCUAGAAUAUAUGUUGAAGAUGGCCGCCCAUCGAGUACGACACGAGAACGGAACUCUCCCGGUAAUCAUCAACACAGUGAGUCCGGGCUUCUGUGCAUCGUCUUUAGGACGGCAAUACAACCGGAUCCAUGAGCGAUCAGCAGCAUGGCUCGAGUUCAAGCUGUUGGCACGAACGAGCGAACAAGGCAGUCGAUCGUUGGUCAGUGCGACAUACCAGGGCGUGGAAUCGCACGGGCGAUGUUGGCGCAGUGAUGGUUAUCUCGAUGAAUCGAAUGCGUUGACGACUGGGGCGGAGGGGUGGCAGUUCCAGGAGAAGGCGUGGAAAGAGAUAUUACAGGUUUUGAUUGAGCAAGCAGGAGAAGUGGAGGAAAUUGUUGGAGAGCCCAAUUGA